CUAUUUGAUGGCAUUGAAUGUGAAUUUCCUAUAUUUUUUCUUUACAUGAUGAUUGAUGGUGUUUUUAGAGGCAAACUUGAACAAGUCAAAGAAUAUCAGGACCUUUUGACUCCUUUGCUUCAUCAGACCACAGAAGGAUAUCCUGUUGUACCAAAGUACUAUUAUGUGCCAGCUGACUUUGUGGAAUAUGAAAAAAAAAAUCCUGGUAGUCAGAAGCGGUUUCCUAGUAACUGUGGCCGUGAUGGGAAAUUGUUUCUUUGGGGACAAGCUCUUUAUAUCAUUGCAAAACUCCUAG